CCCAAAGCCAGCAGCCAGAGCGCCAGGCCUUACCCCGCCGCCCCCUCCGACUCCGUCCCGCCCGGCUGUCCAGCCAAAGUUGAUCCGACACAAUGGGAGGCUGGUUCUCCUCACCAUCCACCAUGCGCGAGCAUACCAUCGUCUCCGCCCCCGGCAAGGUCCUCCUCGCAGGCGGUUACCUCGUCCUCGACAGGCUCUACACCGGUCUGGUGGUCGCCACCUCGAGCCGCUUCUUCGCGAGCGUGCGCCCCACGACCGACCCAUGCCCCUCCGGCACGGCGCGCGUCCGCGUCCGCGCCGGCCAGUUCCCCGCCUCCCCUAUGUGGAGCUACACUGUAUCCGAGUCGGGCGUGGAGGGCUGCGAUGCGCCGAGCCAGAAGAACAAGUUCAUCUUCCUCGCGCUCGACAACGUCCUCCGCUACGUCCAGGCCAAGCUGCAUGUGACGGGGCGCGACGGCGACUUUGAGCGCCUCAUGGGCGGCGGACUCGAUGUCGUCGUCCUGGCGGACAACGACUUUUACACUCAGCGCGAACAGCUCGCCGCCGCAGGCCUCCCCGCGCGCCUCGAGUCGCUCGCCUCUCUCACCCCCUUCUGCUCCCUUCCCCGCCCCAUCCAGCAGACGAACAAGACGGGCCUCGGCUCCUCCGCCGCCCUCGUCACUUCCCUCGUUGCCGGCAUCCUUUCGCACCUUGGCCUAGUGGACGUCGCCACGCCUGAAGGCGUCGAUAUCAUACACUCCCUCGCCCAGGCUGCGCACUGUCUCGCGCAGGGCAAGGUCGGGAGUGGCUUUGAUGUUGCCUCCGCAGUCUACGGCACGCACGUCUACCGCCGCUUCUCGCCUACCGUCCUCGAGCCGCUGUUCGCGGAGUUCGAGCGUGGAGAGAAGGGCGACGCCGUGUACAACGUCGUGCACUCUGGCAAGUGGGACCAGGAGGCGCGCCCACUGCGCUUGCCACGAGGGCUGCGGCUCAUGCUCGCUGACGUCGAUGCGGGGACGGACACACCGAGUUUUGUUGGGCGGGUGCUCAAGUGGAGGAAGGAGAACCCAGAAGAAGCAUUGGCGCAGUGGACCAAGCUCGAUGAGGCCAACCGCUCCUUGGAACAUGCGCUCGCAGCCCUCGUCGAGCUCGAGUCAUUGCCGGAAUACGAAGCCGAGGUUCGGGCAGCGGGGAAGGUCAAGGUCGCCAACCUGAAGCCUGGACGUGUCUCCUCGGCGCUGCAGAACUUGACCGCCGCCAUCGAAGCCAUUCGUGACGGAAUGCGCAAGAUGUCUGAAUCGUCCCAGGUUCCUAUCGAGCCACCAGAGCAGACACGUUUGCUCGACGCAUGCUCUGCGCUCCCGGGAGUCCUGGGCGGUGGUGUUCCUGGGGCGGGUGGAUAUGAUGCUGUUUGGUUCCUCGUGGUGGACGAGGACUCCAUCGCCAACAGCGUGCAGGAUGUGUGGGGUUCGUGGACCGAGAUGAGCGUCUCGCCGCUCUCGAGCAAGCAGAGUGAUGGCGGCCUCGUCCUGCACUCGUCUGCUGAUGAGGUACCCGGUCUCGCCGCCGCACUUUCGCGAUAGAUAUGAUCGACACAGUUCCGUCACGACUGUUAAUGGCACUUUCACGUGCUGACGCCCAUGCAUCAGCUACAGCAUUUUCGACGCG